CUCCCACGAGGUGAUUGGCUUUUGGUCCAUCCCCACAUACAAUCAUUUCUAACAAACAAAAACCAUGAAGCAGACUGUGCUCAUCCAGGUUUCCAUGGAUGGGCAGAGGAAUUUUUUUCGCAUUACGGAAGGUGAGAAGGCCCGCAAAAAAGCCAUGAAGAUUGCAGUUAGCCUUUCAGUGGUGGAAUCAUUAGGUUUAAAAGGGAAGCAGAGGGACCAAAUAGAGGUAAAAGGAGAUAAUAUUGACACUGUUAAACUUGCAACGUUGCUAAGGAAGAAAGUAGGGCAUGCAAGCAUAGUAAGCGUUGCAAAAGAGAAAAAAGAUGAGAAGAAAGAUGAACCGAAGAUACAGUGGCCUCAUGGACCCCCCCACCCCCCCUCCCCCCCCUACGCAUUCUAUGAGAUUAGAGACCCCUGUUAUGACACAAAUGCUUGCUCCAUCUUGUAA